AUGUUAGAACUUAAAACCCGCGAACAAUAGCACGCAUACUGGAAACACAACUCAAAAUAAAAGUAAAAUAAGGGCUUAGUUCAAGUAGCUAUGGCGGCUUAUUCAUCAGAAGCUGAAAAUCAAUCUCCAGCAAUUUACAUACCACACCAAUGGUCCGAGGCUGCGGACUCCAUAGCUUACGAUUCAAACACUUCGCCUCCUCCUAUUGCUUUGAUUUGCGGGGCCAAAAACUGUGGCAAUACCACCUUCUCUCGCUGUCUCGUUAACAUUCUUCUACAGAGAUAUAGAAGAGUUGCAUAUUUGGAUACUGAUGUUGGGCAGCCUGAGUUUACUGCUCCUGGUUUUUUAUCUCUCACUGUGGUUGAUAAGCUCACUCCUGAUUUGACAAUUCCAUGCCUGAAGACACCUGAGAGAUGCUUUUUCUUUGGUGAUGUUUCUUCAAAAAGGGAUCCAACAGCGUAUUUGAAAUGUAUCUUCACCUUGUAUGAUUACUAUCGGAAAGAGUAUUGCAUAUCUGACAAGAAUAAAAGUACUGGCAGGACUGAGUUGCCUCUUGUUGUGAAUACACCUGGUUGGGUGAAAGGUUUUGGUUAUGAUAUGUUGGUAGACAUGUUGAGGUAUAUUACCCCUAGCCAUGUAGUUAAGAUAAAAAUAUCUUUUGAGAGUAAGAAUCUUCCUGCUGGGGCAUUCUGGUUAGAUGGUGAUUCUGAUGGGGAUGUUAAUCUUAUGGAGAUCAGUUCAGCUCGCCAGGACUCUUACAAUAGAUCAGUGCUAAUACAAAAGGAUGCACGACUUUUGCGAGACUUGCGUAUAAUGGCUUAUUUCAGGCAAUGCUUUUCUAGUAACCAGAACAUUACUACAAUCAAAGAACUUGCACAUGCACUGGCUUCUCAUCCUCCUUAUGAAGUUCCUAUUUCAAGUAUCAAGAUUAGACAUCUCCAUUGCCAGGUACCCAGUACUGAAAUUUUCUACAGUUUGAAUGCAACCAUUGUUGGCUUGGCAACUAGCUCUGAGAUGUGUGAGAACUUACCUUGGUGUGUUGGUCUUGGGAUUGUUAGAGGAAUUGACACUUUGAAAGGCUUGCUUUAUGUUAUCACACCUGUUCCACCAAGCAUCCUGGAAAAGGUUGAUCUUUUUCUGCAGGGUUUCAUCCAAAUUCCUACUUGCUUGCUGCAGGUGCAGGGAUGCACAUCUCCUUACAUAUCUGUUAAUGUUUUACCUACAAGCUAGCUGAUAAUUAAUAUAGAGUUGUUGAUGCUCGAAUUUAUUUUUAUAUAGUCCACAUCAUAGGUGUUCAACUAAGUUGAAUCCCAGCUUGUAAAAGAUGGCAUUUUGGUUACAGUGUAGCAAUCAUAUUUAUGCUAAUGUAAAAAAUAUAUCAUAAACUGUCUCCUUUUGUCUCUAAAUAAUGCACCUAUGGAAAAUAUUUCUCUCAUCAUGUACAAAAUAUGUCACGAAGAACAUAUAGCCAUACGAGUACUCAUGGAGAAAUGGUUCAACUAUGUGCCAAAAUGACAUGUUGCAGCGAAAUUUGAAUGCUGUUCAACUCUGGGUAUGCUGCGCUUGGGACUUGGACGUAAA